AUGUUGCAGAAAUUUGCAAAUUGGUUUAGAGAGUUAUUUUUUGGAAAAGAGCUUGAAAUCGCUUUGGUUGGGUUAUAAAAUGCUGGGAAAACAACCCUCGUUAAUACUAUGGCUACUGGAAAAUUCGAGGAGGAUACCAUUCCAACAAUAGGAUUUAAUUUUAGAUCAGUGAAGAAAGGAAAAGUGCAGAUGAAGAUGUGGGAUGUUGGAGGAUAAGCAAGGUUUCGAGAACAAUGGGAAAAAUACUGCAGAUCAGCUGAUGUAAUUAUUUUUGUUGUGGACGCACAAGAUUAAGGAAACUUAGAUAUAGCUAGGUAGUAACUUAAUUAGCUAAUCUCUUGGCCUAGUUUAGAGGGGAUCCCUUUAUUAGUCUUAGGAAAUAAAUACGAUCUCUAAGGAUGUAUUACGGAAUAAGAACUUAUUACACAAAUGAACUUAAAUUCAAUAAAAGAUCGAGUAGUUGCGUGUUUCAGUAUUUCGGCCAAAAAAAAUUCAAACAUUGAUGAAAUGCUAAAAUGGCUUUCCAAACUCUAAAGAAAAAAUAAAUGAUAAUAUAGGUGUUAAAUUAAAUUCAAUAUUUUUGAUAAAUCUGAAUUAA